CAGGAGCUUGCCAGCGCCCUUCAAGACGAACAUGCUGCUACAAAUACUACGGUGAAAGUUUUCUGGCCAAAGGAGAAGUGUCCUUUAUUAAGUCACGAUCUUGUGAUUAUAGAGAGGAAAAGGCGUUUUUCCGAACAAUCAAGGCUGAGAUUUCGAAAGCUAAUGUUUUAAUUCUGAUAAACCGAUGGGAUCUCGUUGACAACGACCCAGCACCUGACAAAGUAAAACGUCAACAUGUGCGAACAUGUUUGGAUUUUCUUCGCGAAGAAACGAACGCCGAAUGUGAAUCUGACUCGAGUAAGAAGGUUUACUUUGUGUCAGCACUUGAAAGACUACACAAAAAAAACAAUGAUUCUCCAGCCCUGAAGAGCCGCCACGAGGAGUUUGGCAUAUUUGAAGAAAAUUUAGCGAGUUGCGCAACAUCCUCGGCAUUCAAUGUGAAAAUUGUGCCUCAUGUCAACACUGUCAUGGAGCUAUGCAAGAAAUUAUGCAGGGAUCUUGAUGGAUAUUCUGAUCGUUUGACAUCUAUUCAAAAGAGAAUCAAGAUCAAAGAAGAUUACGCAAUCCAAAAGCAUGAUUCAUUAUUAAAUAAGUUUGAGGCAGCCAUACGCCGAGUCCAAGACGAAAUUCCAAUAACGGUUUACAACCUUAAAGAACACAUUUCAUCAGCACUCAGGACAGCUAUAGAAAACGUGCCUGUCAUUGUUACCAAGUUUGAGCAUCCAACUCCCAUCAAUAUUACAGCGACAGGGGGGUAUACGAAGGAAUUAAGUUUAUACCUCGUGGAACAGAUUACACUUCAUAUAAGACAAUCCUGUGAAGGGAAUAUCAAGGCAAAGUUAAGCUUAGUGCUCGAUAAAAUGAAAGGGCUACUAGUAACAUAUGGUCCUGUCCGACAUCGAGAAUACGGGCAACAUGCUUUCAAUUUCCAAAUCAAAUGGGACUUAAUGGCUAUCAGACAGCUGAACAACAUACAAUUAGAUGUCCCAGCAUUUGCAAACGUGAGCCAAUGGUUACAACACGGACAAUAUGCAUUCGUAUUUAGAAACCAAGUUAUAUCAGUACUUGGGAUGGGAGCGUACGCAGGAGGAAUGCUUUUAGAGAAGAAGCUUGUAUCAGAUUUAAAGGACAAGUACAUAGCCAAUGCCAUCAAUGUACUCGCUUCAAACACAACUUACUACAGUCAAGAUAUAUCAUCACAAAUAAUACAAAAUCUAGGAAAGGAGUUAACAAUUAUUAAAGACCAGUGUUAUGAAGCACUACAUAAAUCAAGAAUUUUGGAACUAAUCGACACGGCUGAUCUAAUGCGACACGUCAACGUUGGAAAGCAAAACAUCGGUUUCUUGAGUAAGAACAUACAUUCUCUGCAAGGUAGGGUUGAACUACAUCUCGUGCCAAUUAGAGUGACGCCUUUAAAUCAGCUAGAGUCCGCAGCGAUCCGCAAUGGCCGAAUGGAAGUGGUGACCCAACAAUUUCUAUUGGCUGCGUUUUGUCUCGGGUUGGUGACUGUGCUUCUGUACUAUAUGUGGUAUAGAUAGCUUCUCUUAUAACUUACGGAAUGGGCUUAUUUGACCUUUUGACAAAUUCAAAUACAUGCAAGAUGAAUUAAAAAAGACAUUCUUAUUUAAAUGAAAGUAGCCUAAACAAGACUAUGUACUUUAUAUAUAUGGCUAUGUACGCAUCACAUCAGUAAAUAAGUGUUAAUCAGUUUCUUUAUUUAUCUUCUGAAACGUUUUAACUGUUCAAAUUUACUUUAUCGUUGCCUUUCCAGUAAAAUUGGUUGAUUGUGAUUGUAUACCAUGAAUCAAACAUGAUUUUUCAUUAUUCACCGUUGUUAAAGUGUAAACCUGGUCUUGAUCUAACGAGGCUUAAUAUUUAGUAUAACAUGGCAAUUUAAAUAAUCUUGCAAUUUUUUUGAACGAUUAAAAUGUGUACAACUAACGCGACUAACUGUGGCCAGUUGUAAGAAAAGGAUCGUAUAACUUUGUUUGAAAAUUGAAUGUAAUAUUAAAUAAUACCUAUUAAAAGAGAUAACACAAAUGCCAGAUACAUUUAUCUGCAAACUGAUUUUAGUUAUGGUAACUGGUCCUUUCGUCGAUUUUGCCCUUGAGUUGGUCAUUUGUAUCUUUGGAGUUUGCACAGAUCCAUUUUAUUUGACUUGAUUUGAGACUUAAUAACACACACUUUACUCUUGGGUACUCAAAAUAAAUAAAAGUGCGAAAUGAAAUGUUAAAUAUUUUUUUCACGAUGAAUCAAUAUAUGUUACAGUAUUAUCAAUUUCUGGAGACGGUAAAUUCAAAAAAUGACAUUUUUGCCAGAUGCAGUUCACAGCGUUCACCAAUUGCUUGAUAUUAAAUCAAUAUGUCUUAUUAUUGAAAUAUUAUUUUCAGUGGUUUGUUCAAUUUUGUAGAUUAGACAGUAAAAUAUGUGUAACAACUCAAUAAGCCCUUAAGGCGAACGGAAUUCGCCCUAUUGCAAACACGACUUUACCUUCUGGAAGAGGCAUACGAAUGAGAAUGUACCACAUAUACAUUCCAUUUAACAUGCCCCAACCAUGAAGACUCCUUGAGCUCACAAACAACAAAAAAUCCCUUAAUUUUUUUUUACCUUUGUAUUUGCGUGUUUGUUUUAUGUGUCAUCCCCAUAGCUACACAUGGUUUUGAUGUUGUAAAGUUCGAAUAGAUUCUAGUAGUGACCAUGUCAUUUGUCCUCUUAAAAAAAUGUUUCAUCAAUAUUUUGACAAAUUCAUAAAUAUAUAAAUUCAAAGCAGGCCUGUUUCUGUUAAUAUGUGCAUGCUAUAAAUAUGGGGUAUGUGUAACCCAAUCAGUGCAAAAGACAUAUAUUAGCGAAUUCAGUGGGUAUUGUUUAUAAACUUUUCUGCUAUGACAAUUAGCUGAGAACCAAAUAGUUAUUUCAUAUAUAGAUGCAUAAGAUAUGAUGCUAAAACAUGUAUCAGCUGAGUCCCGGUUUGAUCGUAAAGCUUGUUAUUAAAUAUAAAGAAGUGAAACUCCAGCUGCUGGAGCAGUAUUAAAGCAUUGUACCGUUAACAUGUCAGCCUCAAGGGUGAGUUACCCUAUUUCGGUAUUAAAUUUAAUUUCAAUUAUAAGUUUGUUGUACAUUAUGACGAAGUCAUCUCUAGCUUACCAAACAGGAAGUAUUAUGAGGUAAUGACAAAAUAAGUAUAAGUUAUUUACUAAAUUCUGCAUGUUAAGGACAUCUUAGCCAUUGGUCAAUGGAUAGUUAAAAGAAAGCAUAGUAAGGCUUCUAUUUUUAUAACUUGGUUUACGGAUCCCGCCGUCCCCAUUUUUAGAGAGUUCCAUAAAACGUAAUCGACAAACGAUUUUUCUUCUGCUUGAAGAAAUGUUUCUAUUAAACAUUUCUUUCUGUUUCAUUUUCUUGUUAAUUCCACUUUACAUUCUUUUUAUUUUCCAACAAUGCGGUCCCUAUGCGUUCACGCGUUCUAUUCCGUUCUAUAUAUUCAUGCAUGCCUUAAGUCACAAUUUGACCUAAAUGUAAAAAUGAAGUACGUUUUGUUGUUACCGCUAAUAUCGUUCGUAAAAGUGUUAUUGAAAAAUUGUUGCUAAGGCAGCAAUACAAUUUAUUUAGUUUAUUUAAAGUGUUGUCAGUUUUGGUUUCUUAUCAAAUGGGUUAGUAAAUUUAAUUUCAGCAUUUAAAUUUAACGUUAGAAAAUGUUGUUUUUUCCAAUUACCAAUCAAAUGUGUUCUCCAAAAAUAGACCCCCAUUAACAAAAAGCUCUAAGAAAAGAUUGGUUGUUUAAAUGACUCCCUUGCCCAAUACAUGUUGAAGCUUUUUUUAAUCAAAUGAGAGACUGCAAUGUAUAAUCAAAAUAUACAAUAGUAGUAGCUAUGUGAAUAAUUCAUCUGAAUGUAUGAACAACAUUUUCAAAAUCCUUGUUAUUCUACCGUAUUUUACGAUUUAAUCUUUGAGUCUGACUCAGUGUAUAUGCCAAUUUAGAAAUUAGACCAUUUGAUGGUAUUGAAUUUAAUCAUUGCCUAUGGUCACCUAGUGUUAGAGGGGAUAUGUAGGAUUAGUUGCUUUAUAUUUUUUAUAUAUUUUUAACUACUUUGGCAGAAAUUUUCCUCAUUUCGUCCUUAUAAUAUAAUAAAUUCAAAUAAUCAUAUCUUAUCAACGUCUAUGCCAAGUAAAAAUAUAUUCUUGUUAAACAAUUUAUCUGUGCGAAACUUUGUAAAACGUCAUUUUGCUGUAUUUUUAUCAAAAUUUCAAGUUCUAAUAUAAAUAAAACCCUUAUUUGCAAUCCAUACGUUUAGAGAAAUUGAUAGUCAUUUCGCUUUCUUAGAUUAACAAAGUGGUCAUUUUUUAUGUAUACGCAGUUGUUUAAUUCAAAGUAAAAAUGUCAUAACAAUUUCGUAAUUCAUUCAUGCACUGUUGCCAUUUUAUUAUUUGUGUAGCCAUGUAAUUUAUUAAUGCUGUUGUUUUCUUGUUCUCAUGUAUUUGUUUUGUGAGUUGCAUUUUUCAAUUUUUUUCGGUGAAACAUUUGAUAAAAUUGACAAAAUAAGAUAUGAUAUUACUUAAACUAUUAUACAAUUAUUGACUUAAGGGCAAUGGAAUAUGAUCAGAUAUCCGAUUGGCGAAAGGCAUUUCCACCGCAGCGUUUGGCGACCGAUGCCCACACGAAUUUAAAUAUGUUUAUGUAUAGAUCAAAUAAUAAUUUACAAUUAUCGUGCCAUGAAAUUCGAUCUCACACCGAAACUCAUAUCAUACAUAGACCAUAUAAAUUGACUUAUGUCUCAAAUACUGAAUGGUGAUUUAUGGCGCGUUCAAUAAAACUACGUCGAUGUAUACUUGAGUGACCUUUGUAUACUCAUUUAAGCAAAUACAAUAAUUCGUUUUGAUGUUAUACAUUAUAUAUGAUCUGAAUGCAUUUGCGUCAUUUAUUUAUCUUAAGUAUCUGUUAGUAUUGUGCCAACAGGUGAACAUAUGCGACCAACAUAUUUUACUAUGAUAUAAUUGGGCUAAGCAUUUAAUUGGUUGGAUUGUUAUUCUGUCAACACAACUCUAGUGUACAAUGUAGCAAUGAACAGUAUACUUACCUCGCUGCAAUUAAGUAAUAAUACCGCAUAUUCAAUUGAUCAGCACAAAACAAGUGUUGAAUGUAUUUCACAAUUUAACAGUAGCAAAUAUAAUUCAUUAGAUAAUAUCGAUGGGUUGUAAUUUUGUUGACACAGUUUUUAAACUACAGUUGGGGUGCAAACAGUCACAAUCCUUUUGAUAACUCUAAGAUACACUGUGACCCUUGUUUCAAUUACAGUCUUCUUUGAUUUAACAU